AUGUUUAUGCGUGUACUGUUUAUCGUUCUCUACCACAGGUACAAAACCGCCCGGGAGAACUUCGAUGACGAGGUCAAUAAGUGCGUCAACCAAUCACUGGACGAGUAUCUGGACAGGCAACUGAAGGGGAAUGUGAUUGUCUUCAGUGAAUACAGCGAGAGCAAAUACGGUCGAGCCAGGGAGAAUAUACGCAACCUA